AUGGCCGGCGGCAUGAACCCUUCUCUCACCGGGUCGCCUUCCUCCCCCUCCUUCUAUGCGGAUGACUACCUGUCCUGGUUGUCCACCUUUCUGCUGGAAUCGGAGGACGAGAUCGAGGCGGCACCGACGCUGCCAGCCGUUGAGCCGCCGCCGGCGCAGCAGCCCACUGUGAACCUGGGUAAGUGGAAGAAGAGCUCGGCAUCGGGGACGGGGAAGAAGAAGCGCGGGUCGUCCUCCAAGGCGCAGCGCUCGCCGUCCGGCUCACGGACGGAGACGACGCCGGCGCCACGCGGCGGAAGGAGCAGCAAACACGCUCACCAGCGCCUGUUGGCGAAUUACCGGGCCGCCGAGUGGUGGCGGGAGGUGAGCAGCCCUUCAUACCCCGAGCGGGACUUCAAGCGCGAGUUCCACGUCUCCCGCCGCACGUUCCACUACCUGUGCGACGAGCUGGGCGCAAGCGUGGGCAAGGAGGACACGUGGCUACACGCCGCCGUGCCCGUCCCGAAGCGCGUGGCGGCGUGCCUCUGGCGCCUGGCGCACGGCCACCCAUGCCUGACAGUCGCCGAGCGGUUCGGGGUCAGCGUCUCCACCGUCCACAAGCUCCGCGUCGACUUCUGCGCCGCCGUCAACUCCGUGCUCCUCGACCGCUUCAUCGCGUGGCCGGAGACGAACCCGCAGGCCGCCGCCGUGGCCGCCGAUAAGUUCGAGGAGGUGGCCGGGAUCCAUGGCGUCACGGGCGCCGUGUACACGACGCACGUACCGAUCGUCGCGCCCCGGCAGCACGUCGCCGACUACCACAACCCCCGCCUGCAGGCGAGCCGCAACGACUACAACAGGAGCGCCUGCUAUACCGUGAGCAUCCAGGGCACGGUGGACGCCCACGGCGCCUUCAUCAACGUCUGCGUCGGCAACCCCGGAUCGUUAUCCGACGAGGAGGUUCUCCUCAAGCUCUCUGAUCUCAACAACGGCGCCCGGCGCCAGCAGCCGUUCCGUGUGCUCGGCGGGGCCAGCUACCCGCUGACGGACUAUCUCCUGGUGCCCUAUUCCUCGUCGAGUGCUACCGACAAUUGCCUGACGCCGGCGCAGGAGGAGAUGAACAAGGCAGUGGAAGCCGGCACCGCCGUGGCCAAGGAUGCCUUCAUGAGGCUCAAGGCGCGCUGGGGGUUUCUCCGGAAGCGCAGCGAGGUCAAGAUCCCGGAGCUCAGCAAUGUCAUCCAAGCCUGCUGCAUGCUCCAUAACAUCUGCGUGAGAUUCGGCGACGAGCUCGACCCGGAGCUCGCCUUCGAGCUCGAGGAUGACGACAUGCUCCCCGAGGUCCCCGUGCGCUCCGCCGCCGCCGCGCAGGAGCGCGACGCCAUCGCCCACAACCUCCUCCUAAGGAAGGUGGCCGAGAGGACAGGCGAGAGGGAAUGA